UCCUGUGCCACAGUAGAACUGAGAAUAUCCGUAAUCCGCCACGUGACCCUGCCUCCGCUCAUGGUCCGGAUCUCACAUCGUAACUAGUCAUCCCACAUAUCUUCAGUCACAUCUGAAGUCUGUAUGCUUGCCUCAUCUAUCAACUCAAAACGACACGACGAUGGGCCCUGGAGCCACAAUUGAACGCUAUUUAACACGGGAGAGGAAGCUGGGUUGCAGCACUCCAAAAGUGAUCAGUGUUGAGGAAUGUCCCGGAGAUGAUGGAGAAGUUACCAACGCUGUUAAUGCAUGGCAAUCACGUCACGAGUACAAAGACUCGUUGAUUGGAAACCUCGAUCCAGGGCCCACGAAGGUGAAGAUAACCGUUAGAGUGAUCAGUAUCUACGAUGUGUGCGCUUCUCCCCAAAAUCAGCGUGCUGCUAAGGGCUACUUCAAGAUUCUCGCCAAGGACAAUACCGGAUCCAUCCUAAUCAACCUAUGGUAUAUAAAUGCGGAAUAUAGGAUCGGAAUCGGCUCGCUUUUGACGAUCUGGGCCCCUCAUGUGUCCCCAAAGACAACGAAAGUUCAAGACAAUCCUGCAAGGCUCACAACUAGUUUAUUUCCCGAGCGCGACUCCACUUGCCAUGUGACGGUACACCCAGAUACAUUACUACCGAAAGCUUGCAGGGUACCGGUGGGAUACAGAGAAGGCCAUUCACCCUCCGGGCUCGUCUCAUUAGGAGAGUUACGAGAGUCAGCCAGAAGUGGGCAAGGACCGAGCGUUCUGGUCCUGGUUAAGGUCGUCGGGAAUAUCACGAGCGUUACAAAUUCCAGAGGACAAACGACGGAGAAGGUCGAUAUAGGAGUCUGUGACGAAUCGGGCGAAGCAAUCUUAACGCUCUAUGGCAUGAUGAUGCUGUCUUCCAGGAAGUGGACACCAUUCUCCACGGUACUCCUUGUGUCUGGGGCUAGAUGGAAACCUACUUCACGGCUUUCUACGACGGCAGCAACCACUAUAGAAGUAGAUCCUGACAUACUCGAGGCACAAUGGCUUCGCAAGUCACUUCGAAGAUUAUCGAAGUUCGUCAACCAACAAUACACCGAAGAUGUCUUCGACAUUAAGACGUUUGAAUCCGCUGUGGUUAAAUUAAGAUUUACCUUAGCCGAUCUCGACGAGUCCAUUCGGGCCCAGCCUCAUGAGACUUAUACGGGCUAUAUGAAUCUUAUGAUAACCGCCGUAAACCUUGUUUCUCUUUACAAGCGUCGAAGGCUAUACAACACGGGAUGCUGUAAUAUGCCGCUAUUUUCAAACUUUCCUACCGCAGCCUGCGGUCAGUGUGGGAAAUCUCUGAAGCUCUGGUUGAAUCUACAAGUAAUUGGAGCUUUAACCGACGAAACUGGUAACAUCUCUAGUUCAUAUCCAUUGUCAUAUAACAUCAAUGAAAGAUACCAGUCAUUUCACAGCAUCUCUGGUUCAAAAAAUCUCGCUUUUUCACCGAUUCUCUGGUCCCGCGAAGCAUGGCGUGCUCUCCUAGGUGUCGAACCCGACAAGCUUCUUGCAGACAUGGAGUCCCCAGAAGAGGAAAUUAGAUUUCUCACACUCAUACAAUCUCAUCUACUCUUUCUAAGGAUGACUAUCAUCUUUAAAUGGUCGGAUCGGUAUGGAAAGCUUCUUGUCUGCCGCGUUGUGCCUUGAUAGUAAUAUGCACAUCCGUGGCAAUAAACUAUGAUACGGAUUACAGACGUUCUGUAUCUAGAGGCCUAUAUACAAGUAUACUGCAAGCUCACUCGACUCUACAACGCAAUAUGUGAUAUGUGAUAUGUAUUAGCGCUCCAGAAUUAUGUGUCGGAAUACUAAUCCUAUAUAUCAAUACAUUCAUUCCCCUUCAGAGGAUCCUGUAACGUAGCUACGGUGCCAACUAUACUAAUGACAGCUCCCUUCGAGAAUCUUUUGCCUCCCAUGGACAUAGCGAAUGGGGUCACACGGAUACGUCCCACUGACGUCUGCAAGUGCAAGAGAAAGUCUGCCACCGGUUACCCUUCAGGGGCAAAGGCUAUACGCUAAGGAAAUAAGGUAAAGUAAGAAGAUUUGACCUGG